UGAACGGUAUACGACCUACCCGUACAGUCGUACCCUUUCCCUCCGUUCAUAAACGUCCUCAUCAAUAUCCGGACCAUUCCAAAUCUGAAUUUCCUUCUUCCCCAAUUCAAAACCCUAGAAACCCUCUCCUCUAACUGCACCUCCAAUUUUCCCUCUUUUCUCCAUCAAUAUUCAAUGGCCGCCGCCCCGGCGAGGGACCAGGCGCUCUCCCUGCUCGCCGCCGCGAACAACCAUGGCGAUUUGGCCGUCAAGCUGUCGUCAUUGAAGCAGGCCAAAGACAUCUUGUUUUCUAUUGAGCCGUCGCAGGCGGCGGAGCUUUUCCAUUACUUGGCCGAGCUUCAGUCUUCCCCCGAAACGCUAGUCAGGAAAUAUCUCCUUGAGGUAAUUGAUGAGGUUGGGGCCAAACCAAGCGAACAUCUUUGCAUAUUAUUUCCCGUCUUAUUGACAUUUUUGAAAGAUAAUAAUCUCAUUGUUGUAAAGCAAUCUAUUAUCACUGGCACAAAAUUUUUCUCUUGCGUGCUGGAAGAGUUGGCUUUACAGGUGUCUUUCUCUUCUCUGUACUCUCACUCCCUGCAUGUAUGUCUGUGCAAGUGCGUCUCUGUGUCUGUAUCUGUGGAUGGAACUGUGGGUGUUUGUGCGCUCUAAAAUUUUGCAUGCUGUUUCUGUAUGUGCAUAUGCAUAUCUUUCUUGUCUUCUUGUGAUACAACAUUUCAUUAAAUUAACUAAUUAAUAAAUUAUGUCCUUGAUUUUUUAUUUGCUCUGUACUCUAUAGCUGUAUGAAGACAAAAUA